AUGCCGUCCUCUGCCAUAUCGUUGCUGACCAGGUCAGUCACACCACCUGAUAGCACAGACUCUACAGUGGUCGGGAUCGUCUCAAGCCCUGAAACUGAGAGUUUCCCGCGGCAGAGGGUCGAGUUCCUCAACGGCUCAGCGCCGGCCCAACUGCAGCGCUAUCCACAAACAACGGGGCCCUGGACGGGUUACCCGCUUCGGCAAAAUGAUCCUAUGUUGAUAGACACGCCCAGCCCUUCUUCCAAUGGCUCGGCGUUAUCCCCAUCAUCUUCCAAUGCCGAGCGGAGCAGCCGUCGUUUGGGGCCCCUUUCCAUUGAAGGGCGUAGAAAUGCUAACCAGGUCCGUGACAUCGGAGCUUGCCUUCGUUGCUCUUGUAUGAAAGAAAAAUGCGACAGAAACCUGCCUUGCGGCAACUGUCACGACAAGAAGGGCCGGAAAUGGAAGCUCGGCUGUGUGCGAGAGACUCUUGAGUACCGUGGCAAGCACUUGUUUCCUCCUCCUAUCGCAAAUCGAUAUAAUAUCGACCAUACAAACCGAUACGUUGACAGUAGCGGCUUCUUCUACUUGAAUAAGGACGCUUUCCAGCUCAAACUCAGCAUGGGUUUGGGCGGGCCUCCGUUCGAGGUGACAGUCAAAGAAAUGGAGCCAGUCGAGCAUCAGAGGCUACUACGCUCAUUUCAAGCUGAUACCAAAGACGAAGAUCUCAAAGUAUCGUCUUUCUGGGAUCCGCCAAUCGUUCUUUACUUGACCAACAAAGACCAAGCUGUCGACGACUUGCGCAGCCAGCUUCAUCGAUCCAUGCAUGCCAUUUUCAACGAGCGGCAUGAAAAUGGGUACCACUGGCCGUGGAAGAACUUUGAUUUUCAACGGAUGGACUGGGUGAGUGAGAUCGUGGAGAAAAUCCACGACUUUGGCCAACACGCCAGUCAGAUGUCAUUCUACUCGUCGCUCCGCAAAGCCCAAGGGCUAUUGUACUUCAACUAUAUCCUGGACCAUCCACUACUCGUCCUAGAAGAGGAGCGAGAGAAGCUCUUUGCGCAUUUGGAGCCUCAGGAAGGCGUGGAGCACAAGUAUGUCAGCCCUGAGACGAUUCAGCGGUUCAUUAAAGCGAUUGCGUACCCUUUCCUUACCAACUGGUCGACCGCCAUCUUGAAAGAGCUCCACGAACUCCUUCUCUCAAUGGCCAAAGCCAAAGAAAUCUCCUCAGCUAAGAACGACCUUGCUUUUUGUCUCUCAUUCAUGAUGCUGGUCUUUAUCGGGCAAACGCAAGCGCGGUUGGUCCUGCUGGCGCAAAUGUCCGAGGAAGAGAAAGGCAUCAACAUGACGCAGUCAGAAGCCCAAGAAUAUAUCGAGGCUCUUGAAGAGCAGCUGGGCACCUACAUCAUUCACUUCCAUGAAUUCGCAAUGAAGAAACGACGGAAACCGCAGGCGCCGUCGGGUGACCCACGCAAGCCGGAGGAACAGUAUGCAGCGCAAUACGGCUUGAUGGGCAAGAUCGCCGAGAUCACGCAGAAGUUCCGUGCGUAUUACUCCUUGUCCUACCCAUAUCAUCAGGCGAGUUUCGCCAGGCAAAACACCACGAAAAUCCCACGCAAAACCAAGAAUCGUACUACAAAACUUGUUAAGGAUGAGACUGAGACUUUGUGGCCCGCAGACGACUGGAAACCGACGACGUUUGACCUCGGCGAGCUCGACUACGCGGAGUUUGAAAAAGAGAACAUCCAUCGCUUAUGCUGGAAGUUUGUCGAUGCAAUCAUCGUGUGGAGUGAAUGA